CUGAGAUCAAUUCAAAUUCAAGGGAUGGAGCAACUUGAAGAUCUAGGAAUCAAAGUCUACAAUGCAACCCCACAAGAGGCCUCUCCAUGCCCAUCUUCCUCUCCUCGGUUGGCUCCUGAACCAGGCCGGAAAAGGCGUGCAGUCGCAAAGGGAGUGCAGAAAACACUCUCCAAAACCUCCAUGCUUGUCAACUUUCUUCCCACUGGAACACUUCUCACAUUUGAAAUGGUGCUCCCUUCCAUAUACCGCAAUGGAGAAUGCAGUUCAGUCAGCAUUCUGAUGAUCCACAUGCUGUUGGGACUGUGCUGCCUCUCAUGUUUCUUCUUCCACUUUACCGACGGUUUCCGGGGGCCCGACGGGAAGGUGUACUAUGGCUUUGUGACAACAAAAGGGUUGGCUGUGUUCAAGCCUGGACUUGAAGUGGAGGUUCCAAAGGAUGAGAGGUUCAAGGUUGGGCUGACGGACUUUGUACAUGCGACAAUGUCGGUUAUGGUGUUCAUAGCCAUAGCCUUUUCGGAUCACAGGAUUACGGACUGUUUGUUUCCUGGACAUGAGAAGGACAUGGAUGAGGUGAUGGAGAGUUUUCCAUUGAUGGUGGGGAUAGUUUGCAGUGGCCUGUUUCUUGUGUUUCCCAAUACUAGAUAUGGUAUUGGGUGCAUGGCUGCAUGAUCAUGAGAAUAUGCAGACCAAUUACUGUAAAUGAAAUCACCUUGAUUUGAUUGAUUCA